AACCAAAACCGACGCCGUUCUGUUUCCACAAGUUCAGUUCGUUCAAUUCCGGUUCCUGUCCUAUCUCCAGUCCUGUCCUGUCUGCCUUUCUUUAAAUUACAGAACCGAACCAAACACUUCGAACCGUACCCAAACCUUCACUUUCCUACACCUGUUUCAAGUUUCAACUCUCCCUUACAGCUAGUAACCUGAGAAGUUAAGAGUAAUCGCAUGGACGGAGUGGGCUCCACGAGGCUGGGUCGGGCUUCGGCUCGGUACGGUUCGACGGCGGUGUUCAAUGGUCCGGUGAGGAAGUGGAAGAAGAAGUGGGUCCACGUGUCGCCUUCAUCUGCUGUGAAACACUCUCAAUCCAACGGGAACAACAGCAACGGCAACAGUUCUUCCUCCGCCGGCGCCGGCGCCGGCGCCACUAGUAUCGUGCUCUGCCGGUGGACUCCUCUCUCUUCAACUGAUUUCGGGUCCUCCGUCACCGCGUCCGCCGUCGACGGUGAGGACGAGGAGCAGCCUCCCAAGCGCAAGUUUCGCUAUACCCCAGUUGCUGUGUUAGAGGAAGAGCGUAAAAGGGCGGCUGCGAAACAGGUUGAAGAUGAAGCUAAGACAGAUGAGAAUGAGACCAACCAGUCCCCGGAUUGGCUAUCAUCCAAGACCAAUCACGAGCUGAACAUGAAUAAAGAUUUGAAGAAGGGAUCUCAGGAUUCAAGCAUGGGCAAUUUGGACUUGGGUUUGUGUUUGAAAGGCCAUGAUGACAGGCGUGUUUCCGUUGGUGAGAAGGAAGGUCAGGAGAAGGCAGCAAGCUCUGCUGGAUUUUGGACAAUGGGUUGACAUGUAAUUAGUUCAAAGGCAAACAAGAUUUCACAGAUUUGGUCACUCCAUAGCAAUGCAUCUUAUGUAUUAUAUACCUAUAUAUGCUUGGUCAUGGAAUUAGUUCAUGAUGUAUAGUUUGACCGCUAAGCCUUGGUGGUAGUCUGCACCUUAUCAAAAGCUUGAGCUUAUACUGCCUAUAUUUCCUUGUUCCUUUGUCAUUAGCAGGUAUUAUACAUAGAACCCUUAGAUUGAUAUAUCUCCUUUCAUAGUGUAGAUUAUGCUUUAAGAAGGCAAGGUGAUCAAUGAGAACUACUUUGUUUGCUCUGUUUGCAUGGUA